UCUUCAUGUUCCAGGAAAUGUUUCUGUUCAUCACACAGCAGAACAGACCUGAGAACAGACAGAAAGGUUCUUAUUAUUAUUAUUAUAUUAUUAUCAAUAAGCUUUUUACAGAGUCUCUUCAGUCCUGUGGAGGUUUAUUAUUAUUAUUAUUAUUAUAGUAAACAGACAGAGAGGGCGUGGCCGCCAGCGGACAGCCGCCCAGUGUUCCCAGUCCUCCGCUGGGAAUCAUCACAGCAGCACAUAGUUCUCUAUCGGUCACAUCUCAUUCUCGGUGAAAUGUCCAGGUCAGACUACCCUCCAGGGUACGAUGACUCAAUGUAUGCGCCUCAGGGUGGGAACUACCCUCCGCCUGCAUACGGCUUCCCUGGCUAUGGUGGACCCCAGCCAGGCCCGCCCUCUGCCCCCUACCCCAGUGGACCCAACGCCCCUCUGUACCCGGGCCAGCCGGCUGGCUACCCUCCUGGCCCCUACCCGGGCCAACCAGCGGGCUACCCCCAGGGCCCGUACCCCGGCCAGCCUGGAGGACAUCCACAAGGCUACAACCGGCCCGCUCCCCCUCCCAUGCCCCCCAUCAUGCCCACUCCCAUGCCGUCAGACAUCCUGAGCUCUGGUGAUGAGUUUGCGGCGAGCGGCAGUGGCUGGGACAGUCUGAGCAUCCGGCACGCCUUCAUCAGGAAGGUGUAUUUGAUUUUGGCGUCUCAGCUCCUCGUCACCACGGCCAUCGUGGCCAUUUUCACAUUCGUGAGACCAGUCCGGCUCUUCGUGCAGAGGAACCAGUGGAUCUACUGGACGUCAUAUGCUGUUUAUUUCAUCACCCACUUGGUGCUUGUCUGCUGUAAGGGCCCCCGGAGGAAGUGUCCCUGGAACGUCAUCCUGCUCUCCGUCUUUACCCUGGCUUUGUCCUACAUGACUGGAUCCAUCUCCAGUUACUAUGAUACUAAAGCAGUGUUUAUGGCUCUGGGGAUCACUGCCGUCGUCUGCAUCGCCGUCACCGUCUUCUGCUUCCAGACAAAGGUGGACUUCACUAAGUGCCAGGGUCUCUUCUGUGUUCUGGGGAUCGUCAUGUUUGUCACCGGCAUCAUCACAACCAUCGUGCUCUCAUUCAAAUAUAUGUUGUGGCUUCACAUGCUUUAUGCAGCUAUGGGAGCCAUAGCUUUCACCAUGUUCCUGGCGUACCACACGCAGCUGCUGAUCGGGAACAGGAAACACUCCAUCAGCCCGGAGGAGUACGUCUUCGCAGCGCUCUCCAUCUACGUCGACAUCGUCCAGAUCUUCCUCUUCCUGCUGCAGAUUAUCGGCGCUUCCACCAAAUGAGUGCACCCGAGGGUGCACCACUAACUUGGGGGGGUGACGGGGUGCAGACGAGCGCCUACCAGACCAUUCCACGCGCUUUUUUUAAAAAACCCUUUUGCUUUGUUUUCAGUCAAAAUCAGGAAACAUUUAUAAAACAUCAUGGUGGAGAAACUUUCUAAGGGCUGAAUUUGAGAUUUUGUGCAAAGGUUCAUCCCUUUGCACAAAUAAAAUGCACUUUUUCUGAUAUGAAUUUUGUCUAUAUCUGUAUUAAGCAGCUCAUCAGUGGUUUAAAAACAAUAUUAGAACUAUAAUAUAAAUACAGUAAAUACCUGUAGACACUGGGCCGUCAGCUGCAACAUUUAUUCACUCCUGAAGUUAAGACGGACGGUGUCGACAUCUUUCUCUGCAUGUAGAUGUUCUUCUUAACAGUCUGUUUAUUCUAAAGGUUCACCUGUAAUGUGCCACUGCAGAGGCUCUUCUCUCUGGUUGCUCUGAGGUGCAGUAGACGGGUCGGCAAUGCUACAAAAUUGCUUUGAAUUUAAAGGCGUACUACGCAGGAAUCUUCACUUUAUGUUUGUAAACAAAACAUGCUAACUUGUCCUCUCCUCCACGGCUCAACGGGAAACAAACGAUGCCUGGAUUUGCAUGUUUUGGAACAAGUUGUGUCUCCUUGGUGCUUCAGCUGGCUGUGUUUGUGUUUUUUCCAGUGCUGAAAAGGGUGUAACCCAGAAAAUAAAAGAGAAAAUCCAGG